AUGGCUGGGAAAGUAAACAAAUUUGAAACGCCCAGCUCGGCAAGUUCAGAUAGUGAUACAGAACUGGCGUUAGAAAUAAGUGAACAGGUGUUUCUCGAUGAUGAUGACUACACUCGCGCUCCAGCAUCUCCUACUACUGUCCCCAACGUGCGACCAUACAGACCUCCUUCUACUGGUUCAAAUAUUUUAAAAUCGCCGCGUGGGAGACGAGUCCGGACUACAUCGAUGUCUCAGCCGAACAAGAGAACGACCGCUGAGAGCAUUCUCCAUGCUGAUCGCAGAACCAUCUACACAGCUGGUAGACCGCCCUGGUAUAACUGCACGGGGGGGCAGGAGGUGGAACCAUUCUUAAUAGGUAUUUGCGGUGCUAGUGCAUCCGGAAAGACGACCGUGGCAGCGAAAAUCAUAGAAUCUCUCAACAUACCUUGGGUUACUAUUGUCAGUAUGGACUCGUUUUACAAGGUGCUUAACGAGAAACAACAUCAGGCUGCGAUGCGAAAUGAAUACAACUUCGAUCACCCGGAUGCGUUUGAUAUGGAACUACUUGAGAGUGUGCUGCAGAGGCUCAAAGAGGGGAAGAAGGUCGAGGUGCCAAUAUACAAUUACGUCACACAUUCGAGGGAGAAUCGCACAAAAACAAUGUACGGCGCAAACGUAAUUAUAUUCGAGGGUAUUCUUGCAUUUUAUAACGCGCAAGUACUCAGCAAAUUGGAUAUGAGGGUAUUCGUAGAUACAGACGCUGAUAUCAGGCUUGCGAGGAGGCUGAGACGGGAUAUAGUCCAACGCGGUCGUGAUCUAGAGGGUGUUCUAAAACAAUACAUGACGCAUGUGAAGCCGGCUUAUCAAAACUACAUCGCACCGUGUAUGGCGCACGCCGAUAUUAUUGUCCCACGGGGUGGAGAGAACAAAGUGGCUAUAUCUCUUAUCGUACAGCAUGUUCACAAACAAUUGCAGUUGCGUGGCUUCAAAGUGCGUGAAAAGUUGGCGAUUGCACACGUAGGACAGCCGGUUCCUGACUCACUCUAUGUCCUCAAAGACACGCCACAGGUUCAGGGUCUUCACACAUUUAUACGGAAUAAGGAUACCCCGCGAGAUGAGUUCAUAUUCUACUCGAAGAGGUUAAUGCGGCUAGUUAUAGAGUUUGCGCUAUCUCUGUUCUCAUACUCUGAACACCAAGUUGACACCCCACAAGGAUUCACGUAUACUGGUCGUAAGUGUGACGUCGAAAAGAUAUGUGGAGUCUCAAUCCUACGCGCGGGCGAGACGAUGGAGCAGGCGGUGUGUGACGUCUGUAAAGACAUCCGCAUCGGCAAAAUUCUCAUUCAGACCAACCAACAGACAGAUGAGCCCGAGCUGUAUUACCUGCGUCUCCCAAAAGAUAUUAAGGACUACCGCGUGAUCUUAAUGGAUGCUACUGUGGCAACUGGUGCUGCAGCCAUGAUGGCCAUCCGGGUGCUACUCGACCACGAUGUACCUGAAGAGCACAUCAGUCUCGUUUCUCUGUUGAUGGCCGAAAUUGGAGUCCAUUCUAUCGCUUAUGCCUUUCCUAAUGUGAAAAUAAUAACAUCAGCCCUCGAUCCAGAGAUCAACGAGAAGUUCUACGUGUUACCGGGCAUAGGCAAUUUUGGUGACCGCUACUUCGGUACGGAACCCUCCGACGAUGAAUGA